AUGAUAGGUGGAGAUAAUGUAAUAACUUCAGAAGAAGAGAAAUAUAGGGGUUUACCAGUAAGACUCAAUGAGGUUCAAGACUUUCUAUCUUGUAUCCAAAACUGUGGAAUAACAGAUUUGGGUUUUAAGGGAAGUAAGUAUACAUGGUGGAAUGGGCAAAAUGGUAAAGACUGUAUAUUUAAAAGACUGGACAGAUGUUUUGGAAACCAAUUUUUGCGAAGUCUAUAUCCAGGAAUUGAAGUGAAUUAUUUGAUUAGGACUGGAUCUGGUCAUUCCCCUCUUUUGGUUUCUUAUACUGGAACCACAAAUCCAAUUAAGAAACCUUUCAAGUUCCUUAACUUUUGGACUAAGAAUGAUUCUUUUUUGGAUACAGUUAGGGUCCAAUGGGAGACUGAUUUCAUGGCAAAUCCUUUUACACUUUUUCAUCACAAAAUGAAAAAGGUUAAGGGAAGAAGGAAGAGGUUACAAAUUAAGAGAAUUCAAGAUCAGAAGGGCAAUUGGAUUGAGGAUAAUGAUGGAAUUGCAGAUGAAGCUAUUAAUUUCUUCGAGAAGCAGUUUACCAAAGAAGAUGAUCCUGGGAGAAGCAUAGUGGAGAAUAUACUGCUUACACAAGAAAUUGUUUCUAACAUUAGGCUGAGAACAAAAACAGCUAAUGUAGUUUUAAAGCUGGACAUGGCAAAGGCAUAUGAUAGAGUUGCCGGGUUGUUUUUGACAAAAGUAUUGAGACAGAUGGGUUUUUGA